AUGCAAAUUUACGGUAUUAAGGAUAAGGCACAUUUGUUGUUGAGAUCAUAUCUUACUGAUCGCACCCAAAAAUGCCAAGUAAAUGGUGUUGUCUCGUCUGAACACAAAGUUAAGUGUGGUGUUCCUCAAGGCUCCAUUUUAGGUCCUAUAUUUUUCCUAAUAUACAUAAAUGAUUUAUCUGAAAGCCUAAAUAGGACAAAGCCAAGACUUUUUGCAGAUGACACAAACCUCACUGCUUCCGGUUGUACAAUUGAUGAUGUUGAAAAUGCAGUGACCUCAGAAUGUGGUUAA